UCUGUUGGGGUCCUCGACGUGGCAACCGUAAACAAAGAUGGCGUCUGCAUACAAAGUUUUGUCUUAACUUUGUAAUUUGGGGAAGAAACGUACUGUAUUACUUGUAUGACAAGUUCAUUCAACCGCGAAUGAGUAUUCGCCUUUUUCCAGAUACAUUUGUCUUUUAAAUGUUGCAGAAAUGGCGGGUUGGGCCGGGUUCUCUGACGCGGAGCUGCAGAAACUGCAGCAGAAAGACCAAGCGACACUCAUUGAUUCAGGUCGCGGACGCAAACCUUCAACUCCCAGCCGGAGCCGGCAGCAGCUGAACCGCGAGCGAGAGAGAGCUCUGCGGAUCGCUGCUCAGCAGGGCGCUGGGACCAGUCCCACCAGUCCGUCUGUCAUGCUGUCGGAACAGAGGCCCUCCAGUCCGUCUGUCCUGCUGGGAGGACAGAGGCCCUCCAGUCCGUCUGUCCUGCCGGCAGAACAGAGGCUCGCUAAGCCAGUGCCCACGGCUGUUCCUCCGACCAGAGCCACAGCCACAGCCACAGUCCCUCCGGACGUUAAGUUGAAGCCCUCUGAGAAGCUGCCUGUUAAGGCAGAGGAGGCAGAGGCUGUUGUGAAGGAACUGGAGACACAAGAGGUGGAAAUUCGAGAAAAAACCCGCAUUCAGCAGCUCCAAGAUGAGCAGAAAACGAUGGAAGAGAAGAAUAAACGUAAAAAGGCGUUGCUCACAAAAACAAUCGCAGAAAAGUCCAAGCAGACUCAGCAAGAAGCUGUGAAGCUGAAGAGGAUCCAGAAGGAGCUGCAGACGCUUGAUGACAUGGUCUCCAACGACAUUGGCAUCCUCAGGUGUAGGAUCGAACAGGCCAGCUGGGACUACAACGCUGCCAGGAAGCGCUACGAGAAGGCGGAGGCGGAGUACGUGGCGUCCAAGAUGGACCUCCACAGGAAGACGGACACCAAGGAGCAGCUCACGGAGCACCUCUGCGCCAUCAUCCAGCAGAACGAGCUGCGCAAGGCGGAGCGGCUGGAGGAGCUCAUGCUGCAGCUGCAGACCAGCGAGGAGGAGCUGGACGCCACCCGGAGGCUGGUGGAGCAGGAGGAGCAGCAGGACACCGCCCGGAGGCUGGUGGAGCAGGAGGAGCAGCAGGACACCGCCCGGAGGCUGGUGGAGCAGGAGGAGCAGCAGGACACCGCCCGGAGGCUGGUGGAGCAGCAGGAGCAGCAGGACACCGCCCGGAGGCUGGUGGAGCAGCAGGAGCAGGGGACCAAGAAGGCCGUGUCGAAGUCCGACGAGGAGAAACUAGAGGCGGAGCAGAAGGGAGAGGAGGCGGAGCUGUGUUUGGACCCCGACCCGGGGUCUGCCGUGGUGGAGACGGUGGUUCUGGGGUCAGCCGGUACUCCCCCCAGGACCCCGCCCCCGGUGCCGUGUGACCCGGCGGGGCCCCCCCGGGACGGCGUGGUGCUGGGGCCCCCACCUCAGAGCGGGGCGGCCGGGGCCGGGCCGUCGUAGCGCUGCAGGCCGAGGCCUGGAGACACGGGGUCGGUGGCGGGGUAUUAUCAAACACUACUGUGGGGGCUCCAGGGCGAAGGUCACGGGGAUAGAGGGCAAACGUUGCUGGUUUAGGGAGGGACGGUCGCUGUUCUCUGGGGGGGGUUCAACAAGACGACUGAGCUAGUCCACAUUCCAUCCACGUUGUGCUUUGGGAUGGGUUGUUUUAUAUUUCAUUGUCUCCCUGACUGCGUCCCGUCCAUUCAGUUUGCCUCCCAAACAGGAAUCGGGGCAGUUGUUGUUGGUUAUUAAUAUGUGGGAUAUCGUCUCCCGAGGAAACGGUUAGACCAACGAGGACUGCUCUGAGUGCCCUACGGGGGGAGGCGUUGGCUUCUGGGGGACGUCUGGUGCUCUGAAGAAGGAGGACAUUUUCAAUCUGUUUAUGUUCUGAACAUAAAGCCACGCGUUAUGCUGUAAAUCAUCCUAUUAGCGUGGGUCAGAGUAGGGUUUCCUAGAGCAAAUUGUACAUCAGCGGAGUUGAAGAACAUCAUCCACGGGCCUCUGAAACGGUAAGAAGAUAUCUCCAAAUGUAGGGGAUGGAGGAUGCAUGCAGACCCUGGAAGCGGUGAAGCAGUCUGUGGGCCUCUGGGUACGUUUCCUGCACUCCGAGUAGAUGUUCAAAAUCAGUAGCCUAUAGCAAGUGGGUUUAAACAACAAACCCGCUGACUGCUUAGCAGGUUUGUGAUUUAAAUUCCACGCAGAAAUGAAAUUGUAAUACAUUAUUGUAUAAAAUAUUUAAGGGAACUGGUGCUUCAAUUUUUUAUUUUUUUUAUAUUUAAAAAGAUAUAUGAAAAAUAAAUAUUCUAUGUAAAUGUA